GUUUUGUUUGUCUUGUUUUGUUUAAUUAAGCGUUAUUUCUCGCUGUCGAACGUGAAUGCCAGCAAACAUAUGCUGGGCGAGUUUUGAAGUCGUCUACAUUUGACAUGUUGUGUGCAGGGCACGUUGUGUGCACUAGGAUUUGCUGGAGCGAAAAACGAGGAGGAGAAAAGAGAGGAAAAAAGUUGUCCAACCCGCGGAUUCGAUGGUCAGGACGUCCCUUCUUUCCUAUCGAGAGCAGAGCAACGUCGGCGACUCAUCUGUACUUCCUUCCCCCUGACACGACCGCAAACUCAUUGGGGGGCGUUUUCUUGCUAAAUUCGUUGAGAGCCGCUGGAGCGCUGCUGAAUCGAGUGCGACCGACGCUUGUGGUCGGGAUGGAUUUUCGCUCCACUCUGUCCGACUUGGAAGAGCCAGGCACCUCGACAAGAAACACCUGCGCGUGUCCGACCACAGCCGAACUCAGCAGGGCCGUGUCGGUGUCCCUGGGCUUGGACGCCUUGUCUUCGCCGCCGAACGGCAACGCGACCCACGGAGCCGGUGACACAUUUGCUGACUGCGAGUCGGAUGUGGGUCAAGGUUCCCGGCCAGUGGUAGAGUUCGCCGGGGCUCGGAAUAUGCACUUACGGCACAGCGCCGACCCGAGGGAGGACGAGUUCGGAGACGUGUGCCACCGAAUCCAGACGGUGAGCUGCAUGGACCUGCUGAGGUCAGGCGAAGCUGGCGGCAGGAGCGCCGUGACGCGCGGUUCGGUGAUAUCUACGUUCGUCGGCAAGGAGUCCAGCUUGUUCGCAAAUUCGGCCACGCAACCACCCUACCAGAUGGACCCUCUCGUCGCAUCCAAACUCUAUUCUGCAUGCGCCGUGAACCCGAACUUGUACCGAGACACUCCGGGAGCAUUGCUCGCAAAUGAGCGCGCAUACGUCGGUCGAGUUGACCCGAGUUUGGAGUGUAAAUAUUCUAAUUGUGGACACGGUGGUGUCGGAUCCAUGCACGAAUGCCGAUCUGUCUGGCACAGCAAGGGCGAGCAGAGUAAAGGGGGCAUGCGAGCCGCGGCAACUACGGCUCAAGGGUACGGCCAAGCGGAAAGUUACCAAAGUGAAGCCUUUAACGAGCAGCCCACUUACCCAUCCAUCAAGAUGGAGCCACAAGCGUGGAUGGAGUGCACAGAGAGGGGAUUCAGGCCUGAAGAACUGUUUCCAGCUGUGUUCCUGUCAGAUCGGCGGGUGUGUCAGGUGUGUGGGGAUGAUGCCUCAGGCUGUCACUAUGGAGCAGUCACCUGUGGCAGCUGCAAAGUAUUCUUCAAGAGGGCUGCGGCUGGUAAACAGAACCACCUGUGUGCCAGCCGGAACGACUGCACUAUCGAUAAGCUGAGGCGGAAAAACUGCGCCUCGUGUCGCUUAAAGCGGUGCUACAUGUCAGGAAUGAGUCUCAAAGGUCGGCGUCUGAAAGGAGUUGGCCAGGCGAGGAGCGGGGAAGAGGAACAAACUCCAGCUGCUUCAUGGGGACGUGGAGAAGGUGGAGAGAGGCCAGAGAUGAGAGACGCCGUUUCCGGGGCUGGAGCCUCCCAGGAAGUGGUUCUAAGCAUCCCUCCCAGUCUACGUUCCCGCGUAUCACUCCUCAACGUCCUUCAAGCCAUUGAGCCUGCCGUCGUCAAUGCAGGGCAUGACCCUGCCCUUCCAGACAGUGCCGCUUCCCUGCUAACCAGUCUUAAUGAGCUCGGGGAGAGACAACUUGUCACAGUUGUCCGCUGGGCCAAGGCGAUGCCAGGCUUCUGCAAUUUGCACAUGGAUGACCAGAUGACAGUCAUUCAGUUGUCCUGGAUGGGAGUGAUGGUGUUCGCUCUGGGUUGGAGAUCCUACACCCUAACCAACAGCUCCAUGCUCUACUUUGCUCCAGAUCUUGUUUUCAAUGAUCAGAGGAUGCAGAUAUCCAGUAUGUAUGAGCACUGCGUACGAAUGAAGAUUCUGUCCCAAAGGUUCUGCAUGCUGAAGGUCACCAAAGAGGAGUUCUUGUGCAUGAAGGCAUUGGUCCUCUUCAGCAUCAUUCCAUUGGAGGGCCUAAAGAACCAGCAUUGCUUUGAUGAUCUGCGGACCUCCUAUAUCAAGGAACUGGACCGCUUGGCCAGCCACCGCGGGGAGGCCACCCGGACACAAAGGCUGUUUCACCUCACGCAGCUGCUGGACUACCUCCAAUCGAUUGUGAGGAAGUUGCAUCAAUUCACUUAUGAGCUUUUCAUUGAAGCUCAGUCCCUGCAGACCCGCGUCAACUUCCCGGAGAUGAUCUCGGAGAUUGUCAGCGUCCAUGUGCCCAGGAUCCUCUCAGGCAUGGUCACACCCAUCUUGUUCCAUAAUUCCAACUAGAGAGGAGACUCUUUGAAUGUGCUUUGCUCUCUGUCCCUUGAGAACUGCCACGCCCUCCUUUGAACAGUUGUGGUAAAAAUAUCAUGAGUGAUGGGCCCAGUGGAUGAUGGAUUGGCACAGAGGUACCAUAUCUGGAUAAAAGAGCCAACUGAGCUCCUCUUUUCUGUCUAAUAUAAUCUAAUCAUAUCUGCUCUGUUCUUAGUGCCUGUCUUGUGUCAAGUGCAUCAUUUUUUAAGGGGGGAGGUGCUACCAUGGCAACACAAUCGUUCAUUUUGAGUGGUAAAUUGUUACUGGCAAGAUACUGUUUGCAGGGGUGGCUCAUCUGUGUGCACUGCUUUAUGCACUAGAUUUUUCCCGAAGUUUGUCUUGUUCGUUUUUUGUUUACUGUGUGCACCUUAUCGAACUUAAGUUUAUGACUGACGGUUAUGGCUUGGCAGUCAUGCGUUACGGCUAAAAGCUUUCUAAUCCAUUUCUGAAAACAAUGUUCUGUCCAUAUAUUUGUACUAUUUUGAUGGCCACAAGAAAAAAAAACAAAAGCGGCCUUCACUGACUAGUUGGCUCCGUAUACUUUACAAUUCGCUUUUUAUUUUUUUUAUUUUUUUUUAAAUGGCAAUUGAACUUUUCCACUGCUGGGAUUUUUCUACAAGUGUGCUUUUUUAAACUGCUCUUUGCAAGUGCUUUGUUGUGAAUCUCCACGUAUUCAUUGUAGCUUCUGUUUGUGAGGUAGGUGCUGAGACAUAAAAGUCCAGUCGAGAAUCCAUUCUGUAACAUGUAAUAAAAACAGGAUACCAAGAGUGU